AUGUGCCGCAUCAACGACUGUUCCAUCCCAAUGACAUCAAGUCAGCAUGUGUCUCAUAUGAUGCGUCGAGGGUGUUAUCACAACGACCCAAGGUACCGCAAGGCUAUCAGGAACCUUGCCUCUAUCGAAGGAUUCGCUGGGUGCCUGAAAGACGGGUUGAAUGGGUUUCGAUUGCAGGAUAUGGGGGGACCUGAGGCCAGUAUGGCGGGUAUGGAGCCUAGUGUUGACGUCUGUUUGGGGUCGGAAACAUCAGCGAACUGGACAUGGAUGAUGCUGGGACAUGAGCGCUUCGGCCAGAUCACUCACCUCACACGGUUGGAGCUAGAGCAGUGA